CAGCUGGAAAAGAGGACUCCGGCACACAGGAGGCGUGGUUGACAAUAUUUCCUUUUGACCCACAUUCGAAAGUGCCGCAAGACAUACCCAAGCAUGGACGGGGGCUUUCAUACAGGAACCAAUGGGUACUCGAUGGGGGUGGGGAGGGCGUUAAUGCAGAAAGCAAUGGGAUGCUCGAGGGAGGGUGUUCAUGAAGGAACCAAUGGGAUACUCGAGGGGUGGUGUUCAUGAAGGAACCAAUGGGAUGCUCGAGAGGUGUGUUCCUGCAGACGCAGAAAUGCCCACAAGCAGGAACGCCCCGAUUUGCGUGCUGCAAUUGCAUACUUGUACACGAGGAUGGAGAGGCGCUUGUUCACUCCCAGGAUAGAUGAUUCGAGCCUAAUUCUGGGCUGGACAGGAAACAGGAGACGCAUAGCGUGCCUCACGCAACAAUCCUGAGAAAGAGAACGAGGAUGGGAGUAUGUAUGUGUUUGCAUGCCGAGCUGUUAGUUCAAAAAAUAUGAGGACAACGGGCACUACAAUUCUCUCAACUGAUUCACAGAAGCGUGUUAUUUCGAACAUUACUGCCUUUGGUUUUCAUCAUCCAUUGGGGUGAACACAGAAGAGGAGCCGCUGUUAAAUCCCAAUUUGACUGACAUAAAAGCUUGGUCCUGACUUGGCUUCAUUUGACCUCCUUUGACCUGAGUGGGACGAAGGGAGAGACACACCAGAGAUGGCAGAUAUGUCUGACGACGAGCUGGACCACGGGGGAGUGGAGGAAGACAGUGAUAAGGAAGACCAGGACCUGGACAAAAUGUUUGGAGCCUGGUUGGGAGAGCUGGACAAACUCACACAGAGCCUGGAUGACGGGAAGCCACAGAAGCCAGUCCAGAAGGCUCCCCUCAGACAGGAAACCAACAUGGCUAACUUUUCGUACCGCUUCUCCAUGUACAACAUCAAUGAGGCUCUGAACCAGACGACAGAGACCGUAGACCUGGAUGCCCUGAUGGCUGACCUGUGCUCCAUCGAACAGGAGCUCAGCACCAUCGGCAAGCCCAACACCGGCACCGCCCGCCAGGCUAAAUGUCAGCAGCGAGGCCUGGGGGGUCGCGGCGCCAGUGCCAAGCAGACUGCCAGCGAUGGAGGGGGUAGCAGCGGGGGUAGCACCAGCAGUAGUACCCGGGCGUCACCGGCCUCCACCGUCCGAGGGGGCAGCUCCAACUCCCACGGGCGCCCGUCGGCGUCGAACUUCUCGCUGGACGACAUCACGGCCCAGCUGGAGCAGGCGUCGCUCAGCAUGGAAGAGGCGGCGCACCAGACUUCGUCCUCCUACUCCUCUGCCACCCUCCGGCGCCCCUCGGCGGGUUCCUCGCCCUCGCAGCACCGGAGGACGGGCUCGGUGGGCGCGGUCAGUGAACACGAGGCGGGGGGCCACUCCUCGAGGUCCAGCGUUAAUUCUGCGUCCGCGUCCAGCAUGGACUCUCUGGACAUCGACAAGGUGCUGUCUCGGACAGCAGGAGGGGCCGAGCAGGACGGGGAGUCCCAAGGGAGUCCCCAGCCACCACAGGUCGUGGCCAGCACCGAGCAUGCCUCACUACUGCGACGGGCCAAUGGUAAGCCGGCCAGACGGCAGCUUGACUUCACCUCACGGGAGGGUGAAGUGGAUCUGGACACUCACUCCUAUCUGGACAGAGAAACGUCCCUCAUUCUGAAAAGCAUUGCAGGAAAGCCUUCUCACCUGCUGACCAAGGAGGAGCAGGGGGCCAAAGUGAAGGCCGAGAAGAUCCGAGUGGCCCUGGAGAAGAUCAAGGAGGCUCAAGUCAAAAAGCUGGUGAUCCGGGUGCACAUGUCGGACGAGAGCUCCAAGACCAUGAUGGUGGAUGAGAGACAGACUGUUAGACAGGUGCUGGACAGCCUGCUGGACAAGUCCCACUGUGGCUACAGCCCCGACUGGUCACUGGUGGAGACCAUCAACGAGCUGCAAAUGGAGCGGAUCUUUGAGGACCAUGAGAAUUUGGUGGAGAACCUACUGAAUUGGACCAGAGACAGCCAUAACAAACUGAUGUUCAUCGAGCGCAUCGAGAAAUAUGCCCUCUUCAAGAACCCCCAGAACUACUUGUUGGGGAGGAAGGAGACUUCUGAAAUGGCCGAUAGGAAUAAAGAGGCCCUACUCGAGGAGUGUUUCUGUGGCAGCUCAGUGUCAGUACCAGAAAUGGAGGGAAUCCUCUGGCUGAAGGAUGAUGGGAAGAAGUCGUGGAAGAAGCGAUACUUCCUGCUGCGCGCAUCAGGAAUCUACUACGUGCCGAAAGGCAAAGCUAAGGCCUCCAGGGACCUGGUAUGCUUUCUACAGCUGGACCAUGUUAAUGUGUACUACGGCCAGGACUACCGCAGCAAGUACAAGGCCCCCACAGACUACUGCCUGGCCCUUAAGCACCCCCAGAUCCAGAAGAAGUCCCAGUACAUCAAGUAUCUGUGCUGUGACGACGUCAGGACCCUCCACCAAUGGUUCAACGGCAUUCGCAUCGCCAAGUACGGGAAACAGCUGUAUGUGAACUACCAGGAGGCCAUGAAGCGCACGGAGGCGGCCCACGACUGGUCCUCCCUCUCCACCUCCAGCAUCCGCUCCAGCUCCGGCUCCGGCUCAGCCAGUCUGCCCGAGUCCCAGUCGAACCACUCGGGCCAGUCAGACAGUGGAGUGGACACGGCCUCCAGCCACGGGCGCUCUCAGAGCGUGGUCAGCUCCAUUUUCUCUGAGGCCUGGAAGAGAGGAACACAGAUGGAGGAGAACACCAGGAUGAGGGAGUCCACCCGAGGCGCCACCCUCCCCCACCCUGCCCACACGCACCGCCAGACCCCACAACUGGAGCCCCCUGCGUUGGCUACGCCACAACAGCAGCCGCCUCCCCAGACUCGCAGCAGCUACACCCACGCUCUACCCCCCAAGCCACAGGGGGGUACCUCCCCCCCACUUCAACAGCAACUUCCCCCCCAGAUCCGCAGCAGUUACACCCAGGUCUUGCCUACCCUGCCCCAACAGCCCUCCCCUCCACCGCCCCAACAGCCCUCCCCUCCACCGCCCCAACAGCCCUCCCCUCCCCCGCCCCAACAGCCCUCCCCUCCACCGCCCCAACAGCCCUCCCCUCCACCGCCCCAACAGCCCUCCCCUCCACCGCCCCAACAGCCCUCCCCUCCACCGCUCCAACAGCUACCCCCCCACAUCCGCAGCAGUUACACCCAGGUCUUGCCUACCCUGCACCAACAGCCCUUCCCUCCACCGCCCCAACAGCUACCUCCCCAGAUCCGCAGCAGUUACACCCAGGUCUUGCCUUCCUUGCACCCCCAACCCUCCCCUCCACCACCCCAACAGCUGCCCCCCCAGAUCUGCAGCAGUUACACCCCUGUCUUGCCUUCCCUGCCCUUCCCUCCACCGCCCCAACAGGCCUUCCCUCCACCGCCCCAACAGGCCUUCCCUCCACCGCCCCAACAGGCCUUCCCUCCACCGCCCCAACAGGCCUUCCCUCCACCACCCCAACAGGCCUUCCCUCCACCGCCCCAACAGGCCUUCCCUCCACCACCCCAACAGGCCUUCCCUCCACCGCCCCAACAGGCCUUCCCUCCACCGCCCCAACAGGCCUUCCCUCCACCGCCCCAACAGGCCUUCCCUCCACCGCCCCAACAGGCCUUCCCUCCACCGCCCCAACAGGCCUUCCCUCCACCGCCCCAACAGGCCUUCCCUCCACCGCCCCAACAGGCCUUCCCUCCACCGCCCCAACAGGCCUUCCCUCCACCGCCCCAACAGGCCUUGCCUCCCCAGAUCCGCAGUAGUUACACCCAGGCCUUGCCCUCUCCUCCACCACCCCCCCAGCUCUCUCCACCACCCCCCCAGCUCUCUCCUCCACCACCCCAACAGCUGUCCCCACAGCCCUGUAGCAGCUACCCAAGCUGUGCCCCCGCCACCUCCUCCCCGCCACCACCCCCUCCCCCGCCGCCCCUGCCUGCCAGCAGCACCCCUCACCACUCGGGCCCCACAGUGUUCGCCAAGUACAGCACCAUCACCCGGCUGCAGAACCAGAACGCUGCCCACCAGGCCGCCAAUCACCACAGGGCGCAAAACAACCACCAGAGCCCACCCAGGGCGUCAGCUCAAGCCCCGGCUCCUCCCCAUCAGACGGCUGUCAAACCGCUGGUCAACAACUUCAACGUCCCGCCUCCCCCGCCGCCCCCUCCCCCGCCCUCCAUGCCUGCUCUGGGGUCGGCCAUGGCUGCACUCCGGCUCGGUUCCCCCAGCCCGGCCGCCCUGCCCCAGUUCAUCCCACCACCGCCGGAGAGCAACGACAUCCCCCCUCCCCCUCCUCCUCCACCGCCCCCAGACCCGAUGCCAGGUCUGUGCCCAUUGCCCUACGGCGCCAACGCCCUCCAGCAGGCACUGGCCCAGAAGUUCCCCAACGGUCCCACCCAGGGCCUCUUUCCCCCCGCUGCCAGACUGGUAGAGUCGCCCCCGGCACCGCCUCCUCCCCCGCCACCUCCCCCGCCACCUCCCCCUCCUACCCCGGGGCCUCCCCAGAAGCUCUCUGUGCCUCCCCCACCUCCUCCUCCCCCACCUCCUCCUCCCCCUACUCCUCAGCAGCACUACUCGCCCGCAGCUGCUCCCCCCCCUGCCCUACCCAAAACCUUCUCCCCAGGCUUUCUGCUCCACCACGGUGGCCGGAAGCCUCUCUACCCUGUUUCCCCUCUCCCCCCCGCCCCACCUGCUGCCCCUACUCCUCCCCCACCCCCGGCCCCUCCUCCUCCGGUGUCAAUGAAGAAGCAGCACAGCCUCCAGGGAGUCCACACUCCCAACCAGCCCCCUCCCACAUUUCCCAAGCAGCACAGCCUCUCCAAGCCGCCACCCAUGUCAUUCACGGCUCCGCCCACCACUACCUCCCUGGUCAAACAGAUGGCAAGCCAGUUCCCAGGGUCCACACUGUCAACCAAUCAACUUGAGAUCCCCAAAGCCCCCCUUUCCCCUCCUGCGGUGAAGGCCAAACCAAGAUGGCAGCCAGCCCAGCAACAGGCCUCUGAGUUCCCUCCACCCGCUUCUGAGAGCAGCCUGUCUUUCCCUUCUCCUCCCCCUCCUCCUCCGCCCCCACCUGCUCCAGUCACCGGCCUUGCCCCUCUUGCUCCACCUCCCCCUCCCAUCACUGGCCCCACCCCUCCGCCUCCCCCUCUCCCCCCCGGCAACCUAUGCUCUCCCCUGAAGAGAUCUCCAUCGGGCUCCUCCACACCCUCCUCAGGUUCCUCUGGCUGGGGGGGCAGGAAGCCCCCACCCGCCACCCCCCAGAAGGCCUCCAGCAUCAAGUCUAACUCCACGGCUGAAUACCAGGAGUCCCGCAGGAACCUUCUCAGCAAGUUCGCCCCCCAGUCCUCCUCUUCCCCCUCCACCUUCCCAUCCUUCCCUGCCGUGUCCUUGGGUAGUUCUCCCUCUAAGGACCCCUCCUCCUCCCCGGCCGGCCCCCCGGCGCCCCCCAAGCCAGGCAAGUUGAACCUGGCCAACCUGGCCCUUCAGGCCAAAGUGGGCCAGCAGCGCCAGUCCACCGCCGACUUCCCCUCCCUUCCAGCGGAGUGCGCCGUGGCCUACCUCCCCACUCCCCCACUGGCUUUUGAUCUCUUCCCCCCUCCACUGCCCAGUGAUGGCCACAUUGGGGCACCUAAGGUAGCAGUGGUCAACCCCCAGCCAAAAGUACCGCCUGCCCCUCCCGGUCCCCCUCCCCCCGCCACCAUCAACUCCUCCUGGGGCAAGGGCUCCCUGAAGAAGGCCCCUCCCCCCAUGCUGCAGAGGAACCAGCCGUCCCCGCCUCCCAAGCUGCCCCUGCCUACCUCGCCCCCCAAGGGGAACGGUAACAACGGCGCCCCCCAGCCGGGCAACUUCAUGGACGACCUGAACCGGACUCUGAAGCGCAAGUCGGUGAGCCGGCAGGGCUCGCUCUCCUCGUCCCGCCUGUCCGGCCCCAAGCUGGAGCCCGCCGCGGGCACCAUGGACGACAUGGAGUUGGCACUGGCCCCUCCACCGCCCGAGUUGCUGUCAGGGGGGAACAUCUCAGGCUAUGCAACGCUACGGCGGGGGCCCCCACCGGCCCCACCCAAGAGGGGGGGCAACACAAAACUGACACACUGACCAGGGGAGUGGUAGAAAAGGAGACUGUUGGAUGAUGCCUACUUUACCUCUCUUGGGGAGGGGUUUCUAUCUAUCAUAUCUAUCACACAGGACGGUCAGUGGACAUUGACAAACUGGACUCCUCGUGUUCCAUGAUUAUGAUGGUGAAUACUUAACCAUGUAAAUAAGGAAACGCCAAACCACGUAUCAGCUUCUUCGCCGUAUGUUUGUGCCACGUAGUCAGAAAACCAAUAAUAACGACCUUAGGAUUCAUUCUGCAUUGGUACUGCAUGGACAUGCUGUAAAACAUGACGCUCUCUGUGUGUGUGUGUGUGUGUGUGUGUGUGUGUGUGUGUGUGCCUGUGUGUGUGUGUGCCCGUGUGUGUGCGUGUGUGUGCCCGUGUGUGUGUGUGUGCCCGUUUUGUGUGCGUACCCGUGUGUUUUCACAUGCAUCCAUGUGUGUGAGAGCGAGAGAUAAAGGGGAAAUGGGAGACAGCCCAUAAAGGAAGGCCUCUGUAAUAGGGAUUGUUAUUUUGCCUCUGGUUUUAUAUGAAGUUAUUUAAUACGUGAAAGGAUUUUCUUUAUAGUUAAGUUUUUAAAAGCUGCAAGUAUGUUGGAGAGAGGCGGAUAAGAUCGAAAAACUUGAAUCAAUGAGAUAAGAAUUCUCAGAGUUUUGACAUUUCCUAAGUAUUCCCUGAAUGUUUUGCAAGUGUCUCACGCAAAUCAGAAGGACGCCUUUUUUCACAGACGAUUGCACUCUCUCGAAGGAAUCUCCAAAUGGGGGAAAAAAUGAGAUUCUCUCCUCCCAAAGGCACGAAACCAUGACUGUGCAACUGGAAACAUUUGUGACUGGGAAUCAUUUUUCUGUUAAUUUUUUAUUUAAUGCAUACAAUUUAUUUUGCUUAACUGAAGACUGGAACGGCACAUCGUGUGUAUGUCUUUCGAAUGCCCUGUGGGUUGUGUGCUGUGUUUGUUUGACCUUUGACCUGACCGGCAUCUGAGUCGGGUUCAUUAGGCACCAAGCAGAAGAAACGGACUAUGAAACAGGGAGGGACUCACUGGAUUUGUCCAAUUAGAAACACACAUUUUAGAUUUUCAUUGGGGACAUGCUUUAAAACGUUUGGUGCCUGAUGAACAUCUGCUUCUGUUUAUCUGUACAGUAACAGCUUCUGCUCCCCUCCCAUCGGCCCCUGCCACCUUUAGAUUGUCACAUGACAUGGCCUAAAAUCAUAGAAAUAGAAUGUACAGAGCGGGGGCAGCUUUGCUCCAGGUGCCAUUUACCAUAUACUCAGUUAUUCUCAACACGGUGGCUAAAAUUGAAGCGACACGUUGUUGCUUUAAGGUACUGGUCAUUGAAUUAUGUUGUCAGUAGCAUUAGACUAGACCUGACUGGCUAAAUUAAUUCACAAAUUCCCGUCUGGCUCGCAUUAAAAUUGAAUGUUGCUUUCUAUAUCCUGUUUUUAUGGCCUAAACAUCCCAGUGUGGUGCAGUUUCCUGCUUCUCCUGCCGAAGUGCAGUGCAGAGAGGAGGGGGGGGGGGAGUUCUCGCAGCAAUGCCUUCAUUUCAAGGGUGCUAGUACUUAUUGUCCUAAUAAGCCUGCAUAUCAAGUUGCUGACAUCUUAAAAGUUGAAUCUAGAGUUUGUCCCCAAUCCUCCAGAAGUGUGACCAUCCUGGAUUGGAUUGAUAGAAGCAUUAGCUUCGGUUUCCACCAUUUUCAGCAAUCGAUACAGUACAGCGACCAUAACCAAAUAAAGCUGAAUGUCCGUACAGAACUCAAGUGGACCAUGAAUGUUGAGGGACCACUGCUAGACGCAUAAAACAUGCUGUCAUAUUAAUCUUGCUUAUAUCUACAUUGCUUCUGCUCCGUAUUGGUGAAGUUGGCUCGAGACGCUGAUCUUGGGUUAGUUGCACAUUUUUGCAGGUUGGGGUCGGGGAAGCUGAUCCUAGAUCUGUACCUAAGGGGAAACUUCACCCCAGAGCCUGUGCGUUUUCAUGAUUGAAUUAUCAUCCUUUUCAGGUUGUUGGUUAACAGUAUGUCAAACUGAAGUAGGCAUUAAAUUAUUGAAGUGUUGUGUAUCUGAUUUUGGGGGCCAUAUGAAACUAAAUGAAUAAAACGAGGGGGGGGGGAUUGCAGACUAAAUGUCUCUACUUGCCCGAAGAUCACAAUAUAAAUGUUGGUAAUCAUACCUCGA